CCGGCUCCGCCUCUUCCCCUCCGCCGCCGGCCCGCGGGACUGACCCAAACACAGGCUCCUGCUGCGCGCGGUGGCGCGUGAUCGCUCGCGCCGCACAGCCGCGCGCGCCCGAGCCUGCGCCACCCCGGCCCGGGUCCCCCGGCCCAGGCCCCGCGGAGCGAUGCUGCUGUUGGUGGCCACCUUCUUCAUGGCGUUCGUGCUGCUGCUCUACAUGCUGUCCCCGCUCAUCAGCCCCAAGCCCCUCGCCCUGCCCGGGGCGCAUGUGGUGGUGAGUGAUCCGUGGCUGUGCCGCCACCUCCCCGGCCCGCUCGGCUGCCCCGAACCUGCCCCCGGGUGGGCCGGCCCCGCGACCGAAACCGGGCCGCCGUCCGCCUUUCCUCCAAAUGGAGGGUCACCUGCGGCCGUCCACACCGGCACUGUCCCCGCGGAGGGUCUCGGGGACCCGCCCUCCGCUGCGUCUGGCUCCUCCCGGGCCCGGAAAGCGGGGCGGGCGCUGCAGGGGCUCGGCAGCCGCUGCUGGAGACAGGUGAAAAGGGAGCAGCGGAGGCCCCGCACUGACAGGCUCCUGCAGGCAAAGAAAGAAAUUGAAAAGCACUCAAUUAAUGAUAAACAGGUAGUGCUGUGUAUAUCAGUCGACGUAUCUCAAGACUAUAGCCAAGUAGAGAAUGUCAUAAAACAAGCACAGGAGAAGCUUGGUCCAGUAGACAUGCUUGUAAACUGUGCAGGAAUGUCCAUUUCAGGAAAAUUUGAAGACCUUGAAGUUAGUACUUUUGAAAGACUGAUGAGCAUCAACUACCUGGGCAGUGUGUACCCCAGCCGAGCCGUGAUCACCACCAUGAAGGAGCGCCGGGUGGGCAGGAUCGUCUUUUUGUCCUCGCAGGCGGGACAGGUGGGACUGUUCGGUUUCACCGCCUACUCCUCGUCCAAGUUUGCUAUCAGAGGAUUGGCUGAAGCUUUGCAGAUGGAGGUGAAGCCAUAUAACAUCUAUGUGACAGUGGCCUACCCGCCAGACACAGACACCCCUGGGUUUGCAGAAGAAAACAAAACCAAGCCAUUGGAGACACGUCUUAUUUCAGAGACCACAUCUAUCUGCACACCAGAGCAAGUGGCCAGACAGAUUGUCAGAGAUGCCAUACAUGGAAAUUUUAACAGUUCCAUUGGCUCAGAUGGGUACAUGCUGUCGUCCCUGACCUGCGGAAUGGCCCCGGUCACUUCUAUUACUGAAGGACUCCAGCAGGUGGUCACCAUGGGCCUUUUCCGCAUGCUCUCUCUGUUUUACCUUAGAAGUUUUGACACCAUAAUUCGUCGCUGCAUGGUAGAAAGAACAAAACAUGAAAUUACAGACAAAACUGCCUGAGCCUUGCCCCUUGGAACAAGAGUGUUUCUAAAUAACACGAGCGGCGUGCUGCUAAACGGGACCCAGUUUUUAGCCGACAGACACUUCUGUGUUGGUUUUGAAGAUUGGACCAGCGCUCUCCGGCAACCUGGCUGCAAGUGCUGGGGUAGAAAUUCAACUCCAGACAAUACUCUUAAUACUAUGCAAAUACGGACUAGGAGACCAUUGGAUUCUCUGAGGUGGAGAGGUGGUGAUGGUGUGGGAACUGAGAGCGUGCGAGCAGGAUGAAGAGCAGGGUUCCAGAGUGAUCAUUUACAUUUUUCCCCGGUUACUCUUUUCUUCCCCGGAGAGAUCAAGUCCAAAAAGGUACUUUAUGACACAUAAGAGGUCAUGAGGACUUUUUAAACCUUCCAUGAAAAGCAGUAUGGGUUUCCGGGCCUUUUUUUUUUUUAACUGGGUGUGUUUUAUUCAAGAUUUUUACACAAUGCUGGUGAGUCUGACUCACUCACUGUGCUGCUGGUGGACACGCGCGGCUUCUCUUGGUCUUUGAUCCCAUAAAACCACAAGGGGGAUGGCAGAGGCAGUGCAGUGAGGCAGUAAAGGGAAGGAGGUAGGUAUUUUCUGGUAGGAGAAAUAAUACUAUCUUGUCUUCUUUAGAUUCGAGUGCUUUAGGGCACCUUCAUUUUUCACUCCUCAGAUGUUUUCUGAAGAGAAAAAUAAAGUCUUAGAAGCUUAAACAUUUACAAUUCUUCACUACCCACGCUGACUUGAAGUUCCAUCCCGUUACAAUUUAUUCUCGUUCUCCUCAUCUCCUCCUUUCCAAGUUUGCUUGUACUGCUAUAAUAAUUUUUGUUUUAAAAAAGAGGGAGGCGGAAAAACCAGUUACCAUUUUUUAUUUGACUUGUUCAAUUCAUUCAUGAAUUCAUGAAAACAAAGAAAACAAACUGUGUGACAUUCUUCUUGUUGCCUAUAGGUAGCUUUUCCGAAAGGCUGGCGAGAGCGUCUUUAAAUUUUACUCAUGAAGAAAAAACAAAGUAGGAUGGCAAGGCCGCUUCUGAAGUUACUUGUUUUUGAAAUGAAAUGAUCACCCUGUCCUUUCUGUGACUCUCCCACUGACCCGAGAACGUUCUCUUUGAACCACACGUUAAGGAAGCACAGUCAGAGCACAGCCUUGGAAACCCUCUCGGCCCCGGGCAUGCCGUUUCCAGAUGACAGGUUCUGUUGUUCAUGUAGUGGGUUUCCACAGUUUGUGCCCCUGACGCGUGUUAGCCAACGCACCCUGCUUCCCGUCAUAGUGUGUGUGCUCCUCCGACGGAGGGACAGUCACCUUCAUCAUAACGCUGUCCCCUCCUUUUGCGUACUCAGUAUGUAUCUACAGUAGCACAGGUUAGUUCACUCUGGUGAGAAAGGACCACUGCUUUGGAAAGAGAAACUUUUUUUUAUUGUUCAAAAAAAUAGCUACAAAAGAUCAAAGACCUAAAAGUCAUAGCAAACCUUUUUUAAGCUCUUGAGUUUUUGAACCUCUUGACUUUAAAAUGACAUAACUUUUAAAACGUAAGAUGUUUAAGGCUUUAACCCAUGGGGUCUUUUUAGUCAACAUCUGAGAAGGGCGUAUUUAAACACUGUUGAAGACAGAAGAUCUUAUUUAAUAUAUAAGUUGCUUGAGAUGGCUUUAGUGCAGCUCAUGGUGGGGGGUGGGGAAGCGCGGAUGCCCUAAUUGUCUCAUGAAGUUUUUCAGUCUUCGAUAGCCAUCAUCAGCAAACUUGGGCAUCAUAUUGGACAGCCUCUGAAAUGAACUAAGGACUGUAUUUUCCUAAUCGCAGAAAAUGGUUACAUUCGUAUCUGGAUUUUUUUUUUUAUUGUAUUCUUUUCUCAUAUAUGUUCCUUGACUGUUGGCACCUUCUACUGCUGGUCCGUAUGGAAAUCUAGCCCAAGAUGGUGUCUCAUUCAAUAAAAUUCAUUAUUUAACAAUAGUUAUUUAAUAUUCAUUUCUCAAGCUAUCCUCAUGACAGUACUGUCACCUCAGGUCAUCUAAACACAUUGAAGAGCCCCUGUUCUGUGGUGGGAGACAGCAUCCCCAGCCCAGCCAAAGCCCAGGGAUGAGAGCAGUUGAUAUAGACCAGUGUCGGCAUGGGCUUGUGAGAGACAUCAAAGGUCCGCAGUCCCUUAUCCAAAAAACUUUGAAAGCUAAGGUGUUUUUUUCUUUCCUUCUAAAUUUGGUGCCAUAAUUCACUUGAUGGCAAAACCCAACUUGAACCGACGUGAGAUUAGUAUAGUUUUUAUUUAUGCCACUUUGUGAGCUGAGCUGUCCAAAAAUUUUGCUUGAAGUACUGCCAAUGGGUUCGAUAGUGGGUAUUGCCCCAGAUUCUGUGGAAAUAUUUUGUAAUAUCCAGCAUAUGCCCCAUGUUAUCUGUUCAAAAUCCAAAGAAUUGUGAAUUCUGAAAUGCAUCUGGCCUGAAGGGUUUUGGAUAAAGGGAUUUACAGACAUUGAAGCAGCAUCAUGAAGAUCUGACUUCCUUCAAAACAUGAAAAUAUUACAAGGCAAGUUCUAUGUUUUAUCAUUUUGGCUCAAUUCUUGUACAACUCUUUUUACACUGAUUCCCCCCACCCCCCAUCCUUGGGAAGAGAAAAAAAAAGCUGAGUCAGGUUGCUAGGGAAACUAUUGGCUUGUUUUGUUUUUUAAAGGAUCACAUUGAUUCAAUGCUUUCUAUUAUACCAACAAGUGGGUAAGUCUUACCUGUGGCAGAAGGAGUUUAAUUAUUGUUCUGUUGAAAUGUUGGUUCUGUGUGACCAAGAACAGCUUAUUAUGUGAGUUUAAGUUUUGAAGUGCCUGCCUCUGGUAGGUUUGGUUGUAUUGUUUAUUAUAAUGUACUUGUAAGUAUAUUUAUUUUAAAAUGUUUAUUGUCAUUCAGCCAUAGGAAUUACAAAAUAUGUUCAAGGACCCUCCAUAAUUGAAAAAGGCAUAAAAAAAAUCCUCAUUUCUUUUUACAAAAACACAGUCAAAGGAAUUGUUCUUUUCUAUAUUUUUUAAAAUUUAAUUUUUAUAGCUGAGAAAAGAAGAAAUUAAAAAUGCUGUUAAUGAUGGCCUCUUUACAUUAAUACUCAUAUGUGCUUAGUUAUAAACCAUGUAUUGUUAAAUCAUAUAUUAUUGAUUAUUGGAAGUGAAACUUUGAAAGACUGUUUCCAAUAUUUAGAUGACAAAAGCAUUUUGGUAAUAGUUGGUUUGAUUCAAAGAAUUGUAGUAUGUCUUUGUCUUUCUAGAAGAAGGCAAUAUUAUAAAAAAUUUUUUUUACUAAAUUAUAUCAUCAACAGAUUUAAUUUCAUUACAUCAUGUUUCUAAUUUAAACUUGUCUUAGUCACUUGAGGACACUUAGACAUUCAUAACUUUUUAACCUAGGAUGCUUUGUAUCUUUUUGAUUUUUUUUAAUUCUGUGACUACUCAGCUUUAAAAAGUACCUACUAACCAUAAUCUUCCAUAUUCUGGACUAAAUCUUUUUUAGUUCAGUGCAGUGAUGGCAGAUUUGAUAUUUUGAAGAGGAGAUAAUAGUUAUUUUCUUUUACACUUGUUUUAUGUGGCAACUCUAAAGACAUUUUUUAACUGAUGAGAGUACACAUGGCUAUUUUGAUAUCUAUGAGAACUUGUGUUUGCUACUUUAGAAGCUUUUGUGGCAGAAAUGUAACCUGAUUUUCAUAACUUGUAUUUCUGAAUCACAACAAAAAAAUAAAUGGGGAAAAAGCUUUA